AUGCCAUCUGCACUACGAUUCACAGUCAUCUUCCUCACUCUUUUCACAGUGUGCCUUGCGUCAAGUGGUGAUAGAUUACCAGAAUACAUUCAAUGCGUGGAACAAUGCACAGCCAACACAGACGUUUCCCAACUACCAUUCCACCUUAGACUGUUACAAUGGACAGUUCGACAGAAUUGCGGAUACCAUUGCAUGCAGACAAUCACGCAUAGAGCAAUUGCUAACAAACACUAUAUUCAUCAGUACCAUGGAAAAUGGCCAUUUCAGCGCGUGUUUGGUAUUCAAGAGCCAGCCUCGGUUGUAUUCUCUAUUCUCAACGGUCUAAUGCAUUUGCGAUACUUUAAAGUCAUUAAACAGCAAGUCAACGAUACGUAUCGCCUCAAGAAAUUCUACCUUGGCAUUGCAGUCGUUGGUAUGAAUGCAUGGCUGUGGAGCACUGUCUUUCAUACGAGGGAUACCCCCAUCACAGAGAAAUUGGAUUACUUUAGCGCUGGUUUGUACAUUUUCUACGGUCUCUGCGUUGCUGUGGUGCGUAUAUUUUACUUGAAGAAUACAGUGGCGUUGAUUUGGACUACCAUUUGCGCACUGCUUUAUAUCGCUCAUGUCACUUAUUUAUCAACCUUGGAUCGAUUUGAUUACGGAUACAACAUGACAGCAUGCAUUGUGGUGGGUUUAUUACAGACAAACUUAUGGUUAGGAUGGUCUGUGUUGCAAUAUACAAAAUGGGGGCAACCAGAAAGAAGGCCCUAUGCUUACAUGGCAGGCGUCUCUGUUGUCUUGAUUAGUUGUGCCAUGAGCUUAGAGGUCUUUGAUUUCCCUCCUAUCAAGGAAAUCCUAGACGCUCAUUCUCUGUGGCAUGCUGCUACAAUCCCUCUGGCUCCCUUAUUUUACAAAUUUUUAUUACGCGAUACUGAAAUAGAGACAUCGGUAUCAAAGCAAGCAAAAGAAAAGAGAUCAUCUUAG